AAGUAAAACUGCGGGUAUGUUGGAAAAAACCCCCCUCUCAUGAAAUGAGUCAGUUUUGCAUGGUGUCGACGUGGACUCUCAUCUCCACCUCGUUGUUAUCUGGACUCCUCAAUCUCUAUCCUUCACAAUAAUUCUUUGAACACCAUCAUUUUUUUUUUCAUUUUCAAAAUUAAGUUAAAUUAUUCAUUUUCCUCUCUUCAUAUACAAUUAAAUCUUUCUGUUAACUGAGAACUGCUCCUAUGGCGAUGAUGGUUUGGCUUGGGAGAUCAAGGCUAGGCUCUCAAUUUGGAAAGAGGGUCAUGGGCUCUUUACAGAAUACCAAAAAGAUCCAAUCUUUGGAUCAAAAUACGAUGAUCACUGGAAAUUUCUCGUCUGGUUCUUUGAGGAAUUCGGUGGGUUUCGGCUCUGUUGAGCGUUUCAUGUCCGUUGGAGCGAGAGAGAGCUCUGUUCCAGCUCAGCGUGAUAUUGAGCGCAGUAACCGGGUUUUGGAUUUCCCUGGAGGAAAAGUUAUGUUCGACUCUGAGAUGAGAUUCCUUUCGGAGUCGCCGACCGAACGAAUCAGCUGCUAUCGAGUUCUUGAUGACGAUGGAGGAACAAUUUCAGGCAGUGUUUUUCAAGAGGUAACCAGGGAGCUUGGAGUAAAAAUGUACAGUCAGAUGGUUACCCUCCAAAUUAUGGAUGCCAUCUUCUAUGAAGCUCAGAGACAAGGAAGAAUUUCUUUCUACCUUACCUGCAAUGGAGAAGAAGCCAUCAACAUCGCAUCUGCAGCUGCAUUAACUAACGAUGAUAUCGUCUUUCCACAGUAUAGGGAACAUGGAGUCAUUUUAUGGCGAGGUUUUACCCUGCAAGAGUUUGCAAACCAGAACUUCGGCAACAAAUCAGACUACGGAAAAGGUCGGCAGAUGCCAAUUCAUUAUGGAAGCGACAGGCUCAAAUAUUUCACAGUAUCGUCUCCUAUAGCUACACAGCUCCCUCAAGCUGUUGGAGCUGCUUAUUCGCUGAAGAUGGACAAGAAAAAUGCCUGCAGUAUCACCUACUUUGGAGAUGGAGGCACAAGUCAGGGAGAUUUCCAUGCUGCAUUGAACUUUGCUGCCGUGAUGGAAGUUCCUGUCAUCUUCUUUUGCCGAAACAAUGGUUGGGCAAUCAGUACCCCUACUUCAGAGCAAUUUCGAAGUGAUGGUGCUGUUAUUAAAGGUCAAGCUUAUGGAAUUCGAAGCAUUCGUAUAGAUGGAAACGAUGCUCUUGCUGUUUAUUGUGCGGUUCAUGCUGCCAGAGAAAUGGCCAUUAGAGAAAAUAGGCCUAUUCUAAUUGAGGCAUUAACAUAUAGAGCUGGGCACCAUUCAACAUCUGAUGAUUCAACAAAGUAUCGAUCAGUUGAUGAGAUCGAGCAUUGGAGAACAGCGAGAGAUCCUGUUUCGAGGUAUCGAAAAUGGGUGGAAAGCAAUGGAUGGUGGAACGAUGAUGCUGAAUCUGAGUUGAGGAACAAUGUCAGAAAAGAGCUUUUGCAGUGCAUUCAGGUUGCAGAAAGAUCACCAAAACCUCCGUUGAGCGAACUAUUUACCGAUGUAUAUGAUACCGUUCCUUCUAAUCUCCGCGAGCAAGAGAAAUCGUUGCGAGAGACGAUCAAGAAGCAUCCGGCGGAUUAUCCAGCAGAUGUUCCGGUUUAGCUGUCAACGGUGUGUGUAUCUGUAUGUAUCACAGAUAUUGUUGUAAAUCCAAGCUCUCAAAGUUUGGUUUAUUAAUUAGUUCAUAAUUGGUUAAGUUCAUGGCAGGGCAGAGAGAGAGAGAGAGAGAUUUGAAUCUGUUCACUGGGGGUAAAUGUAAAUUAUGAUGACAUUUUAAAUAAGUACAAAAUAUAAUAAUA